GUGUCCCGUGGUCUUUCUCCUAUCUGCUUCUUGUGUCCUCUCGACCCCAGGGUUCAUUGCUCCCAGAAAUGCAGUAAUCUGACUGAUAACUAGACUGAGACUCACGUUCUCUUUUUCCAUGGGAGGUCUUCAAUUCCCUAGAGUUCAUACCUCUCUGUUUCUUCCUCUUUUUCUCGUUCAGUUGGCAUGGUUUCAGUCUCCCUCAUCGGCAUACACCGUCCCCGAUAAGUAUUUUAUCAGCUGUGGGUCAAAUAACAACGUAACAGACACAGAAAGUGGUCGGGUUUUCGCGGGGGAUUCUUCUCUUUCCUUGUCCUUUCCAAAGCAGAGUAGCGCCGUGGAAGCGGGCACUCAGUCAUCGGCCGUAUCUCCUAUCUACCAAACGGCAAGGGUCUUCCAACAGAAAUUCUCGUACGAAUUCACAACAGACACUUCUGGCUCUUAUCUGGUACGCCUUCAUUUCUUUGCUUUCCAUUCCUCAAGCAAUCUCCCCUCUGCUCGCUUUAAUGUUUCGGUUCCUGGGUUCUGGCUCUUGCAAAAUUUCGCUGCCAAAAAUGCUAGCAAUUCUCCUUUAGUGAAAGAAUUCUUCAUAAGCAUCAAUGCCACCGACUUCAAAAUCACUUUCAGGCCUCUGGAAUCAUCAUUUGCAUUUGUUAAUGCCAUAGAACUCUUCCUUCUCCCCGAUAAUUUCAUUCUAGAUUAUGUUCCGACCGUGACACCCAGUGGCGAUUCUGCGAAUUACGCGGGUUUGCAGUCUCGGGGGUUACAGAUGACUUACAGGCUUAAUGUUGGGGGCCCUAAUGUCUCAAGAAGCCAGGAUGAACUUUUUAGAUUCUGGGAAAUAGACGAUCCUUAUUUGUCUAACCCGCGGGCUGCUGAUACUAACAGGUCCACUGUUGAUAUUCAAUACCGGGACGUAAAUUCUGGAUCUGAUGUUGUUUAUUGGGCUACCAAGUAUACUGCCCCGAACAGUGUUUACCUAAGUGACAAAAAGGUUCAUUUGAAUGCCAAUGCUUCUGCCUCUGAUUUCCUUAACAUAACCUGGGGUCUUGCUGUAGAAAAGAAAGCUAAUUAUCUUGUUCGGGUUCACUUCUGUGACUUGGAGAGUUCUUCUCCUAAUCUUACAUACUUCAAUCUAUUCAUCUACAACAACUCCCGCUCAAUGAUCAAUUCCAUCAACAUAUCUAACCAGUUGCCUGUUCCAUUUUAUUAUGAUUAUGUGGUCAAUACUGAUGCCUCUGGAUUCGUGACUAUCAGCAUAGCACCUCUUCCUUCUCCAGUUCCAAAUACGUAUCUGAACGGCCUAGAAAUUAUGAGAAUUAUUGAUUCUUCAAAUUCCGUACCGUUGGAGGAAUCAAAUGUGAAUAAGCAUCUCCCUCUCGUGUUGGGUUUAUCGCUUGGAGUUGGAGGUUCCGUCCUAAUUUCUAUUAUACUGGUUGGGCUAAUUUGGCGGGCGAAGUUUAUGAAGCAACAACCUAAGCCUGUUGAUAAUCCAGACUGGUUACCAUUGCCGUUUUAUGGAGGAGGAAGUUCUCACAGCAGAUUGACUGAAGAAACUUCCCAUGGCUCUCCUCUUCCAAACUUAAAUCUUGGGCUCAAAAUCCCUUUCGUUGAGAUCCAAUCUGCAACCAACAACUUUGAUACAAAAAGAUUAAUUGGAAAGGGCGGUUUUGGCAACGUUUACAAGGGAGUUCUCAGGAAUGGUUUGAGAGUGGCUGUGAAAAGAAGUGAGCCUGGGUCAGGACAAGGCCUUCCAGAAUUCCAGACAGAGAUUAUGGUUCUGUCCAAAAUUCGACACAGGCACCUUGUUUCCUUGAUUGGGUAUUGUGAUGAAAGGUCUGAAAUGAUUUUAGUUUAUGAAUAUAUGGAAAAAGGGACACUGAGGGAUCAUUUGUACAAUUCAAAUCUGCCAAGCUUGCCUUGGAAGCAGAGGCUUGAGAUUUGCAUUGGAGCUGCGGGGGGUCUUCAUUACCUUCACAAAGGAGCAUCAGGGGGCAUCAUUCACCGAGACGUUAAGUCUACAAAUAUAUUGCUUGAUGAAAACCAUGUUGCUAAAGUUGCUGACUUUGGCCUCUCAAGAACAGGCCCUCUUGAUCAUCAACCUUAUGUCAGCACCGGUGUUAAAGGCACCUUUGGGUAUCUAGAUCCUGAGUAUUUUCGGUCACAACAGUUAACAGAAAAAUCUGAUGUUUACUCAUUUGGCGUGGUACUUCUUGAAGUGUUAUGUGCAAGACCAGCCAUUGAACCUAUGCUGCCACGGGAGCAGGUGAACUUGGCUGAAUGGGGACUCCUUUGCAAAAACAAAGGAAUGCUCCAAGAGAUUAUAGAUCCUUCCAUCAAGGGGCAAAUAGAUCCAAACUCACUCAGGAAAUUUAGCGAGACAGUGGAGAAAUGUUUACAAGAAGAUGGCUCUGAUAGGCCUAGCAUGGGUGACGUAUUGUGGGACCUGGAGUAUGCACUACAGCUUCAGCGAGGCUCAAUUCAGAGAGAACCCCAUGAGGACAGCUCUAGUGGUGCUUCUGCAUCAAUUCAACUGCCCAGUGUUCGUCGACUUCCUUCACUUUCUACACUUGGUGAAUCAGGUGAUAUGUCCAUGGUAAGGGAAGACGAAUCUGAUAACACAGUGGGUUCAGUUUUCUCACAGUUGAAAAUUGAUGAUGCGAGAUAGGUUAUCAUCAUCAAGCCCUUCGAGGUAGGGAUCAUGAAUUGAAAGGCUGCUAGUGACCAGAACCUUUUCUGCUGGGCCCUGAAGCCAUUGUAUGGAAUUCCUUCCCAAUCAAAACCCGACUGCUUUGAUUUUCUGCACGGUUGUCUGUCUUUUGCUCGACUGAAGAAGCUCCCCUUGGACUAUCAGUCUGUUCUCGAGGUUGAUGAAUAUUGGCCCUCUGUUCCUUGACUGUUGAUGCAAGAACUCUACCAUUGACAAGACAGGGCCUUGUCAAAGAGAGCAUCAUCGUCAUCAUGAGGGCGAUCAGAAGGAAAAGAGAGAGCCUUCUCAUUCUAGAGUUGGCAGAAACUGUCUCUCCCAACCCUAUUGGUAAUGAGAAGCUUGAAACUUUUAUACCCGAACAGAGUGACGAAGGUGAAAAGAUACGUUUGGCAUCUCCAACGAGUAUGCUAUGCGUUCUUUUGCAUAUGAACGAGGAGCUUGGAAGGGCAAAUGGACGGUGAAGGGCUUUUAAGGGUGGGACCUCUUAAAGACAGUAUAAGUUGACCGAAACUUUUCUUAUAGGCGAUAAUCAGGCACAGUCAUCCCUAUUACCCAAUACCACCCUUCCCAUUUGAGUCAGGUUCAAAGCUUGACUUUAGAGAAUGGCUUUGUGACUUGGGAAACACGCAGGAUCCAGGCGUUCCAAGCUUCUGGUGCAUUUUGUUAUGGUGAGGAAAGUGGGUACCUGAUGCAAAAGUGGGGGCGGAAUCAAUAUACCAAGGUGAUUAUGAGCCAGCGGAGUCUUUGGACUUGGGUUCACAUCCUCACAAAUUGCACUGACAGGAAAGAUUGCGAGAUUCUCAAUUAUUUAUUUUCUGUGGAUAGGAGUAAAUGAAUAAAUUUGUGUUGUCUCAAGGCUUUUAUAAUUCACUGGGUUAUUCAGGAAAUUGUGUCUGGCUAUUUCUUUCGGCGCAUGAAGAGGAGAAAAAUGGGAAGGAAGGUAUCUACAGGUUUACAACUGUAGCACAAAAUAAGGGGAGGUGUGCGUGCGUCAACAAAUUAAUGGAGGAAAGGUGUAGUAAGCGCAUGUUCUCUUAUUCCUUUUUCACUUUUUGAAAUCGAUGGACGACAGAAUGGUGCAUCCACGCUCAAAGAUAGCCAGAAUCAUCAAUUGGUGGUUUCCAAUCAUUUUUUUAUUUAAAUCCAAAGGGCCUAAAAAUCUAAGCAUCUUUUAGUAAAAGGAAUGGAACGGAAUAUGUAAUUUUACCUACAACCUUGGCCCUUUUCCACACUCUGUUUUUUAUCAGAAGUGCCAUCUCACGCAAAAAGAUUGAGUUUU